GGAUUGAGGGAGGCUAGCUUGUUGUCCCGAGCCUGACAGUCAGAUAGCGUGCAAUCCCAGCCCUUUCAAGUGUCUUGCGGUAUCCUGGAGUCUUUUCCUAAUGCCAGGUGGUUCGUCGUGUGUCGCCAUUUGCCGCUCAACUGCUUUGAUGUGCGCGACUCCAGCGGCGCCUGCCCUGUGGUCUGCAUAACCAGUCGGUCCAGUCCCCCCGCCUGUGCACCGCCACGGAUCUCUCCUCGAUGGAGCAGCAACCGCACCGCCUCCCAGCCGUGUGCCAGCAGCCGCCGUCGGUCGACUUUAUACAAAACAGACUGCCCCGCAUCCUCGACGCCGUCAAAGGCGCCCCGGUACACUACAACCCGCAAUCAAACCGGUUCGAACCUAUCAACACCGUCACUGCUGCUAUGUUGGCGCCUUCGAUAGGAGAAAAGGCACGUUCCGGACAGCAGGCGGAGGACGCUGCCGGAGAGACUACCAAGAGGAGAGAUGUUCAGCCGCCCGUCCGAGAGCUCGUCCCAGCCGUGGAAGCCAUGGUCUUCUGGAACGCCAUCCUCGAGCCGGCCAUGGCACGGUUCAGCACUCAAAACCAGCCCGAGGCGCAGACGCUGGUGGAAAAGCCGCAGUACUCCAUCCGGGCGAAAAAGCAGUGGCGGGGCAUCCAUGAGAAUCUCCAAAGCGCUCAGGACGUAUUCAACGGGACCGGCAAGCCCGUGCUGAGCAAGUUCAAAUAUGCGUACCGCAAGGUAGCCGACCAUACCGAGACUUUGCAGGAGAUUAUCGAGCUGAUUCCGGAUGAGGGGGCCUACGUCUCUCUGGUCAAGUCUGUCUUGGGCCUGUUGCUUAGUCCUCUUCAUGCCUCAGCCCAAACUCGGAUGGAAGUAACCGGGUUCGCGGACGGCGAGGAUAUGGAGAAGGGGUUCUCCAAGGUCGAGAUCUUUCUCGCCGCCUUUCCAGGCGACCAGAACAUCAAGGAGGCCUCCGUGGAUCUGAUUGCGUGCGUCCUCAAGGCGGUGGAGAGGGCCAUACUUUACUUUCUCAGCAGCACGAUCAGCAGGGCAAUGGGGAGACAUAAGGAGGACCUUAUCGGCAGCAUCAACCAGAUCUCCGCGCAGACGAAGGGGCUCAUGGAGCGAGUCGAGGAGUCCCACAUCUGGGGGCUGCAAAAAGCUUCGGGAUUAACUCUUGCCAACAUUGAAGAACUCAGACUUCUAAAUGUCGAGAACGCCAUGGCUAUAUCGGUGAAAACCGACCAAGUCUUCAACCAGGGGCGAAAGAUCAUGCUGCGGCUUGACGGCGUGGGCCGCAUCGUGCAGGAUUAUAUGCAGCAGUUCACUCAGCAGCAAGAGGACCGCGACGCCAAUUUCAAGGCCGAGCAGGAGGCUCGAGACGCCCAGUUCCAGGCCGACAUUAUGAACAAGGUGAAGAUACUUUUUGAUGACUAUACCGAGAACAUCAGAGAAACGAUUCGGCAAGAGUUUGAGGCUUCGAAUCGAAGCCACACCUCGGCUGCGACAUCGCGAAACCCGUCUCCUGGGCCCGAGCAACAGCAAUCACCGUCCCAGUGGCCACCGCAAAACCCUUGUGGUCCACCACCACCAUGGCCACAUGACCCCUAUGCGGUACACCAGCUGCAGCUGCAGCAGUUCUACUUCCAAAACCCCUCCUAUCUGGCGCCUCCGCCGCCAGUCCAUCCCCAUCACCAAUAUUACCAGCAACCCCUACCCAUCCCUCUACCUGUCCCAGAACCGACAGGCAUCCCCGUAACCGCCUUGUUGUCGGCACUCGGAACCCUCAUUGGACUCGAUAAGCGUGACAUGCAGUCCGCGCUUUCCCAGUCCGAAUCCAUCCUUAUAUCCCACCGACUCCGCGCCCAGGAGAUUGUCCAAGCGCGGGAAUUUCGCGCCUGGGCGACAGCACCGUCGUCCCGGGAGCUGCUAGUUCUGGGCGAUCCCAGCCUCGAGCCCUUGCAGGCCGGGGCCGCGGUGAGUUUGGUGGCGGCUUCGCUGACGGAGAGCCUCAGGGCGAGGGGUGCCGGGUUCGCUACCCUGGUCUUCUUUUGUGGGCUGCACACGCGGCACGACGACGCAUAUUCUGGAGCGGCCGUUAUGAUCAGGGCCUUGGUCGCCCAGCUCCUGGAGCAGCACUACGCCGGGUAUCGGUUCCAGGAGAGCGACCUAGGGUUGAGCCUGGAACAGUUGGCCGGGAGCACUGAUAGUACGACGACGGCAGCUGACAUCGCCGGGCUGUGUGCCCUGUUCGAGUGGUUGGUCAAGUGGCUGCCGCGAGGCAAGACUCUGGUGGUCGUUAUCGACGGGAUCGGCGAGUACGAAAGGGUGCAGUUCAAGGAGGGCAUGCUGGUGGUGCUGCGGUGUCUGCUGGGUCUGGCGGCGGCAGCCGAGGCGAGGGGGCAGGGCCCCGUGGUAAAGGUGCUCGCCACGUGCCCGACAGGAACCAUCAGUCUACUGAGCGAGUUUAGGAGUAAAGGUCCAGAGAGUGUCUUGCUUAUGGAAGCACUGCAGGUCGUAAGCGAGCGGAUGGACAUGGACCUGGGGGAACAGGGGUUUUCUUAAAGCAGCAUAGGAGGAGGAGUAGUAUAUUCAAGAGAGCCUUUACGCCACCACGGUCUUGCACUCGCAUGUAACAC